ACAACCGCAAGGACAGGAGGAGGGGUGAAAAAUUGGACCUUUCAGUUACUCUCCUCUAAUGUCCCAGAGACACGAUGACUGCUGUCGGGCCACCAAACUGCUGAGUGAAACCCCUUGAAACAGCCCUCCGACUCAGUCUUACCCAGAUAUGAAGGAGGUGAGGCUGUGGACAACCAGUGACGUCUCUGAUUGGCUGACCGACGAAGGCUUGCAGGAGUAUAUGGAUGCAUUCCGGGACGUGGAUGGCCCUGCCCUCUUGAGAUUGUCUGAGAAAGACUUUAAGACCUCCCCUUUGUCCCUAGUCACAGGGGACAGUGGUCGACAUCUUUUGGAACGCAUAAAGACUUUGCUCUUAACCAGCCACAUGAAGGCACACAAGAACAACAACAACAACGAAAACGCCAACGGUCAUGCUGUCAUCGCUCUUGCCAACGGCAGUGUGAACAAUGGCAAGAUCCACAACGGCAUUCCAAAGAAUGGCUUGCAUUCAGAGCCAGUUCGAAUCUUGAUUCCACAGCCGCCUGAGCAGGAGCGCACGCCGUAUCCCACGGAGUGGUUCAAAACGGGUGUGGCCUUCCUUUACGCUCUGUUCUGCUUCCUCACCACAACAGUUGUGAUCUCAGUGGUGCACGAACGUGUCCCACCCAAGGAAGAGUCUCCACCCCUGCCGGAUAAAUUCUUUGAUCUGUUUGAUCGUGUGGAGUGGGCGUUUUCCAUCUGUGAGAUCAAUGGCAUGCUGCUUGUGGGACUGUGGUUUAUGCAGUGGCUUCUGCUUAAACACAGGUCUAUUAUCGGUCGUCGGUUCUUUUUUAUUGUGGGAACUCUGUAUUUGUACAGAUGCAUGACCAUGUACGUUACGACAUUACCUGUGCCAGGCAUGCACUUCAAGUGCUCCCCAAAGAUCUUCGGUGACUGGGAGGCACAGUCACGGAGGGUAAUGAAAAUGAUGGCUGGUGGUGGCCUGUCAAUCACUGGCUCUCACUCUUUGUGUGGAGAUUACUUGUACAGCGGACACACGGUGAUGCUGACUCUAACAUACCUCUUUAUUAAAGAGUAUUCUCCACGGAGGUUCUGGUGGUAUCCCUGGAUCUGCUGGUGCCUGAGUGCUGUCGGUAUCUUCUGCAUCCUGUUGGCUCAUGAUCACUACACCAUAGAUGUGUUGUUGGCCUACUUCAUAACCACACGCCUCUUCUGGUGGUACCACACAAUGGCCAAUCAGCAGGCUCUAAAGGAAAUUUCAACUGGCAACCUGUUCUCUCGUGUGUGGUGGUUUUAUCCAUUCCAGUACUUUGAGAGUAACGUACGUGGCAUUGUGCCUCGAAACUACCAGCUGCCAUUCCUGUUUCGAACAGUGACGUGCACCCGGGUUAAGUACAGUAAGCUAGACUCGCGGGAGUCAUGACCCAUGGCUUCUGAUUGGCUGGAGCUCUGUGAGACUCUAAAAGAGAAACUACUCUUCCCAUCAGGCCCUGCAAAGCUGGUAGAGCACUGUGAUGCAUAUACACGGAUCAUUUUGUAGUA